GUCAGGGACACAUGAACGGUGAUAAUAUCCACGGAACAGGCUGCAGGCAGGAGGAACAAAGAAAGCCGCCCGUUGUGUGUAACACGUCCUUUCACUUCGUCAACACGGACAAUUACCGACUUCGUAGAGCCAGUUUUUGCUUUACUUUAAACACUUACCCCUAAGUAUUAAAUGACACCCUGCGUGUUAAGUCCGGUUGGCUGGUUUUGCUGAGGAAAGAGGAAACUUGGCGUCGUGAGAGCUUUGUCGGGUCGCCUUUCUCGAAUCCUUCUUGCCUUGGAUCCGCUGGUUGCAAGGUAACGCACGGAUACAACGAGAGCUCGAUAGUGCGACCUGUGCCCCGUUGACUUGGCAGACAUGUGCUUUUCUCAAGACGCCGGCACUCAGAUGGAUUAAGAGACUGAGGAGCAAGUAUUCCCACUCUUCUACUUGGCUGCCGUGAUUGCGUGUUCACAUUGCUGUGUGAGAGCCGCCUGACUGUACGGAGAAAUGCUUUCAUGGAGCGUGGUUCUCCCUGGCUGAAGACUUUGUGUGUGUCCAACAGCAUCCUUCCACCUACAACCCACUGUGUUGCCAUUGCGCCCAUGAGGUAACGUCAGGAGCUACGGCCCCCUCAUUACCACCCUCGGUCCAUCCAUUUCCCUCCCCUCUGUCCUUUCCUCCCGUGGACCCACCCAGCCAUGGGCCAGAAGAUCUCUGGCAGUAUCAAAUCAGUGGACGUACGCGGGGAGCCCUCAUAUCGGCCUGUACGCCGCGAACUGCGGGGCCCGGAUUUCUGUCGGCCCCCCAGGUUGGACUUACUGCUCGACAUGCCGUCGGCCAGCCCUGAGACUCAGCUUCGCCAUGCCUGGAAUCCUGACGACCGGUCACUCAAUGUCUUUGUCAAGGAGGAUGACAAGCUGACGUUUCAUCGACAUCCAGUGGCACAGAGCACAGACUGUAUCCGUGGGAAGGUGGGCUACACCAGGGGCCUCCAUGUUUGGAGGAUUCACUGGCCGGCCAGACAGAGAGGCACCCACGCCGUCGUAGGUGUGGCCACAGCUGAAGCGUCUUUACACUCAGUGGGCUACACAGCCCUGGUGGGCUCGGACUCCGAGUCCUGGGGCUGGGACCUGGGUCGGAACAGACUCUACCAUGAUGGAAAGAACCGUCCGGUUUCCACGUCUGCACCCACGUACCCCUGUUUCCUGGAGCCAGACGAGUCAUUUGUGCUCCCAGACUCUCUGACAGUAAUACUCGACAUGGACGAAGGAACGCUGAGCUUCAUGGUAGACGGACAGUAUCUGGGAGUAGCUUUUAGAGGGCUAAAAGGCAAGAGACUGUAUCCCAUCGUCAGUGCUGUGUGGGGGCACUGCGAAGUAUCUAUUCGCUACGUCAAUGGACUAGAUCCGGAGCCCCUCCCCCUCAUGGACCUGUGCAGACGAGUAGCUCGACUGGCUCUGGGUAGAGAGCGCAUCCAUCACAUCGACACACUCCCACUGCCGCAGACUCUCAAGAACUACCUCCAGUACCAGUGACCACACACACACACACACACACACACACACACACACACACACACACAGAUGGGAAUAAACUGUGGCCCACUUGUUCUUAUGAUAACCAGCCUCCAAACUGAACUAAAUCCUAAACAUCAGACAUCUGCUGAGGAUACGGACGGUGACAUUGACUACGAACAGGUGUUGAAGACGGCGCUGCAGGGGGUUUGUUUACAACAGUUGGGGUUUUUCCAUUUUGUCUGUUUUUAUCUUCUGUUUUUCAUCUUUUUUUUUUUUUUUUGCUGCUGACUGCUGUCUGUCACCUGGACAGAUUACUAGAGGAGCUGAUGAAUGAAACGAAGGGAGUACGAGAUUAAAAGAGAAUAUUGCAACCCAGUUUCCCGUGAGUCGCAUUUUUAGAAGUCAGACUGCAUGCCCUCAGUCUGAAAGGCCUUGUACACUGUGGUUUUGGGCAACAGUUUACGCAUAAAAUCUGUUGUGCACAGACUCUGUGGAAGCCUCCUCGGAAACAUGUUGGUAUUUAUAUUUAUAUUCCAAACAACACAGCAGGCUCUGUGGAGACGCAACAAUCCCUCCAAGCCACAGGAGAAAGAGAGUGAGAGAGAGAGAGGAAGUCCACACACAGUUCUAUUUUUGUGUGUGCACAGUGCAGCACACAUGAUUACAUAUAUACAGUGUGUGUGUAUAGAAACAAAGAUCUAACUGUCUGUAGUAGGAGCACAGCUCACUGACGAGCAGGCAGUUACCACCUACAGGCUAAAAAAACAACUCCUCCAGUCUGGUUUGAACUUCUCUCUCUCUCUUCCUCUCCUUCUGUCUCUUCAUCACUCGCUCCAGUUUAAGCUUUCGUCGUGUUUGUUGGUCGGCUCUGUGGCUCCUGCAACACUGGUAGAGAUUGAUCCGAAGGUGAAAGCUGUGUCUGUGACUGCUAAUGUGCCUGCUCUAACACACACACACACACACACACACACACACACACACACACACACACACACACACACACACACACACACACACACACACACACACACACACACACACACACACACUCACAAUCACAUGGCACUUCUGUGAUAUCAGAAGACACUUCUCCCCCCCCCAAAAAAGUUUUAAAUGCUGCUUUUCUAUCUUUUUCUUCCACCGUCUUACCCACAUGUGGGUUUUUAUUCUUGAUUUACUUUUGAAAGUUAUGGUGUUAUGAGAUUUUUUUUCCCCCUAUGGAUUUUGAGAUUUGUGGGACAGGAUGUUUCGCAGGUAUAGGCGGAAGAAUGUGCUGCCAUGAGAAUCUUUUUAAAUGUGAAAUAAGAAUAAACUCUGCUAAACUCGCA